AUGGCAGACCACCAUACCGAGUUCACGCAACUCCACGCAGAGGUCGAGCAGGUGAGACGGGCCUCUGCGGUUUCAGCCUCAGAAAAGACACUGGAGAAGACCAAGUCUACCUUGCCUCCCGCGACGACGACGACGACCGACAGUGUCGAACAAGAACAACCCAGUGAGAAGGAGGAUGAGAAGGCCGACCUCGACAUAGAAACGGCGGUUGGCGGAGAGCCCACGGCCCACGAGAAAUCGACAUUGCGCCACGUCGGCGAGAGCCUUCCGGCUGCGGUCUUUCUGGUCGCCUUCAUCGAACUGUGCGAACGCUUCACCUACUACGGUUGCCAGGGCAUCUUCCAGAACUACGUGCAGAACCCUCCGGAUGGCAGUUUGGGCCCCGGGGGGCUCGGCAUGGGCCACCAAGGAGCCACGGGUCUCACGACAUUCUACUCGUUCUGGUGCUACGUCACCCCUCUCCUCGGAGGCCUCAUCGCCGAUCAAUACUUGGGAAAGUACAAGACGAUUGUCACCUUUGCCGGCAUCUACUUUGUCGGUCUUCUCAUCCUCGUCUGCACAUCCAUCCCGUCGUCUUUGAGACAUGGCGCCGGGCUUGGUGGCUACAUCACCUCCAUCCUUCUCACCGGCCUCGGCACCGGAGGCAUCAAGGCGAACGUGGCUCCGCUGAUCGCCGAGCAAUAUACGAGAAGACAUAUGGAGGUUGCCGUGACCAAAAAGGGUGAAAGGGUGGUCAUCGACCCUUAUGUCACCAUCCAGCGAAUCUACAUGAUCUUUUACUGGACCAUCAACAUUGGCGCCCUCUCUCUCCUUGCCACACCAUAUAUGGAACGAGACGUCGGGUUCUGGUCGGCCUUUACUCUCUGCAUCUGCAUGUUUGCCGUUGGCAUUACAGUUCUCAUCCUCGGUCGGAAGAUGUACGUGGACCGACCGCCUCAGGGCAGCGUGGUCACGGACGCAUUCAAGGCGGUCGGCUUGAUGAUCCGACACCGCAGCAUGGAUGCACCCAAGCAGACAUGGCUCCGCGAAAAGGGAAGCAGCAAGACCGUGUCGUGGGACGACAGCUUUGUCGACGAGCUGAAACGAGCCCUCACGGCCUGCAAGGUCUUCACGCUGUACCCCAUCUACUGGGUGGUGUACAACCAGUUUUCCAACAAUUUUGUUACGCAGGCGCUCCAGAUGCGAGGCCACGGCAUCCCCAACGAUCUGAUGCAAAACUUCGACCCCAUUGCCAUCAUCGUGUUUGUUCCGCUGCUCGACCGCCUGGUUUACCCGCUGCUGCGCAAGCACCACAUCGCCUUCAAGCCCAUCACCCGCAUCGUCACCGGCUUCACCGUCGCCUCGCUGGCCAUGAUGUACGCGGCCAUCAUCCAGCAUGAAAUCUACUCGCGAGGCCCGUGUUACGAACAUCCUCUCUGCGACGCCUCCUUCGUCAACGGCAAGGCCCAGGGCAACGACCUCCACAUUGCCAUCCAAACCCCCGCGUACAUGCUGAUCGGCAUUUCCGAGAUCUUCGCCUCCGCCACCGGCUAUGAAUACGCCUACACCAAAGCGCCCCCUCGCAUGAAGUCGUUCGUGCAGUCGCUGUUCCUGCUCACCAACGCCUUUGGUUCGGCCAUCGGCGAGGCUUUCGUCCCGGCCGCCUUUGAUCCUGCAAUCAUGUGGAUGUACGUUGGGCUCUGCAUCGGGACUUUCUGCGUCGGUAUUUUGAUCUGGGUUUUGUUCCACAAUCUCAACGACAAGGAGGAGGAAAUGAACUAUAUCGAAGGAGAUGUCUUGCCCAACGACCCGAAACGGAGAGAGUCACAUAUAACAGCUUAG